AUGUCGUCUGUUCAAGAAAAGUACAUUGCUGCCAUCGAGGCCGAUCAGAAAGUCAAUCCGGGGACUAUCGAUGACCUGUUUAAACAGCUGCCCCCUGUGAAACCUGACCAUUUGAUUGGGACCUGGAAUGGGGGGUUCUUCGACACUGGACACCCAGUCGCCACCCAGUUAGAUGAUAUCAAAUGGAUUGGAAAAUCAUUCAAGACGCUCGAAGAUGUGGAUCCUGUGAUCGUGGAUCGAGAUGGGGAGCGAGCCAGCUGGGGUCAAUGGGGCUUCGCUAGUGUUCGCGAGAUGGUGUACGGUGGAACGGUAUCUGCGGCAAUGAUCUACGACGAUCGACCCAUUUUCGAUCACUUCCGCUUGGUCAACGAUAAUCUCUUGGCUGGUGUUAUGGAGGGCAAGGGUCUCGGACACACAGGUUCAUUUUACUUCUACUUGAAACGAUAG